CAGUGACGGUCGAUAAAACAGUAUUCUCUCAAAAAUAUGUGAUGUAAAUAGUUUUGAAAUCAAGUUUAAUAAUAUUACACACAAAAAUACAACACAGCGGAAACGACGAGCGUUGUUUGAUGACUCAGAAAUGCCGUCGUCGGUACGACCGAGGGGCGGUAGCGCAACGAACAGGGGCGGCUCUAUGCCCGUAGUCACCCCGAUGUCCGAGAGACAACAACUGGCUCUCCUAAUGCAAAUGACGUCGUCAACGGGCAACGAGGCGACUGGCUCACGCAGUCCUAGCAAUACUACGACGGCGACGUCCACCACGUCGUCAAGAAGUCGCGAACGUAACGAAAGAGGUGAAACCCCAUUGCACUUAGCCGCUAUUAAAGGCGAUGUAGAACAAGUCUGUAGGUUACUACUGGCACAUCAUGCCGAUCCUAAUGUAGCUGACUUUGCUGGUUGGACGCCGCUGCACGAGGCGUGCAACCACGGCUGGUACGAUGUGGCCCACCGUCUGGUGCAGUCGGGGGCGAACGUGAACGCCAAAGGUCUGGACAACGAGACGCCACUCCACGAUGCCGCCGCCAACGGGCACGUCAAGCUGGUCAGGUUGCUGGUCGAACGGGGCGCCGACAUACACGCGAAGAACGUCAAGGGCAAGACGCCACUGGAUGUGGCGCCCGCCCACGUCCAACCCUAUUUGCACAAUCCCAAUUUGCCAGUGACGUCCGCCGAAUCGGGCACGUCCUCUUCUCGCCUCCAACCGAGAUCUCGAGACGACAAGAAAGCGACGGAGAGCGGCAGCAAAAAAGGCGCCGCCACCGCCUCCGCCGCACCGGAUGAAGCCACGGAAGGUGCCGCAUCCAAAGCGUCGGGCACCAACGCCGAAGAUGUGUACGAAUUCAAGUCGACCAAAGAGGCCGACUCACCGGACAACAACAAAACGGGCGACACCGCCGAAACCGAGGCCGAUUCGGUCGAUCCGCUGAACGUUCCCGCCGCCCAAUCCGACGAUGGCACGAAGAGAAACUUUGCGGAGGUGAGCGAGAGCAACGAGGAGGGCGGCGGAGGCGGCGACGAUGAGUCAAGAAGGAAACGGAGGAAGGACGAGGGCACGAAGGAGACGAAAACGGGCGCCCAACGAAACACACCGAGUAAGGGACAGGGUGGGAAGCAGUCCGGAGGUGGGCAGUCCAAGUCGGCCACUUUGAAUGUGGCGAAGACGGCGGCGCAGGACAAAAAGAGUCCAUGUUCCAGUCCGAAGCCUGCUGGUGGGGGCUCCUCCACCAGCGACGCUGAGGUAGAGGAUGGGAAAACGGACUUGAAGGUGCCUCCUCUGAAAAUCGUGAUUCCUCAGGGCGCAGGUGGUGAACAAGAGGGUCCAACCAGCAGGAACGGGAAGAAUAGUUCGCAGAGAACACAUCAAGCUUUGCCGUAUGUCGUUGCCAGUAACAGCAACGAUGGGGAAGUGACUGCCACCGGUAGUCCCGAAGGAGCAGCGGCAUCCACUGCGUCGGCAACUCAAACCAAAGGGGACGAAAAGAAGGAUGGUGGAGUUGGUAGCACGCAAAACGAGGAUCAAAGAGGCAGCCAUCAAAGAGUGCUGCGAAGCUCUCACCGUGGUGGCGGCAGCGGUGGUGGCAAUGCAACGGACAGAGGCAGCAACAACUCCUCCCCCCAGUUGCAGCGUUCUCACUCGCCAUCCCCAACGGCCUCGCCGGCAGCAGCCAACUCGCAAGACCCUCCCACAUCCGCGUCCGCCACCAACACCAACAGCACGAAAACAGACACGCAGGCGUCACAAAAUGACACGGAAACUACGGCGACUUCUGCGACGCCCGCUGCCGCCGCCGCCGUGGAACUACAUCCACGCAAAAGAAAGAUGAAACCGAACAAGGAACCGACGGCCCCGCCCGCCGAUGCCGCGGAAACGCCGGCGGAAGCGCAAAUCCAUCCGCACGAUCAGCCCAUCACUAAUUGCUAUCAGUUGUUCCUGAACAUCAGGAAACAGAUCAAUAAACGGAGGAGAGGCAUUUAUCCGGUACAGCCGAAACCGCCGCAAGGUUUCAAGGAUUAUCUGAUGAACAGGUGCACGUACGUUUUGAGCGGUACCGCAGCCACCACACCCAACAUCUCCUAUCCUCCCACGCUACCGCAACAGAUGAAAGAUCUGUUCACUGAGCAAGAAAAAGAGCGAUACAGACUGAGAAUGCAGCACGUUAUAGAGAAAGAGAAGCUGGUUCUUUCCGUGGAACAAGAGAUACUAAGAGUACACGGCCGAGCUGCCAGAGCACUGGCGAAUCAGUCGUUGCCGUUUUCCGUGUGCACCAUUUUAAAAGACGAGGAGGUCUACAAUCUAAUCACCCCAGAACAGGAAGAGAAAGAUAGAAACGCCAGAUCGAGAUACAACGGUCGACUGUUCUUGAGCUGGUUGCAGGAUGUAGACGACAAGUGGGAGAAGAUCAAAGAACACAUGUUGCUACGGCACCACAACGAGGCGGAAUCGUUACACGCCGUCCAAAAAAUGGAUUGGGAAUGGAAGAUGAAAGAGUUGAUUCUUUGCGACAGGAAAAGUACGCCGUCUAUCGACGAGCAUCACGUACCUAUGGUGCACGUUAGCGAUGAUUUUGAUUUGUUGCCCGCAUAAAUGUGAUUUAUUGACUGUUUUACUGUGUAUUUAGAUUUAUUAUGUAUACAAAGUAUAUGUAUAACAAUUCAUGAAUAACAAUUUUAUAGACAUAAAAUAAUAAAUAAAAGACGUGCGAAUCAAAUAA